AUGGCCAGUCUGCAGAUCUGCGUCCCCAGAGUGAGCCCAUCCCCACACCAGGGCCAGCACCACAUGCGCCAGGACGAAGAGACGUCCAAUACCAGUGAGUCUCCGGAGUCUGUGUCGCUGGCUGAUGCCUCAGCAGAGAAGGCCACACAAGGCUCUGACACUGACCUAGAGGUUGAAGAUCCUGAGAAGGCCUUUGUGGGCAUUACGGGCACAGAGCUGUACUUGGAAGCAUGCAGGCUGAUGGAGGUGGUACCUGUCUCACACUUUAUUCAGAACUUGGCCAAGCCUUAUAUAAACCUGAACCACCAUGGUCUAGGACCCAAAGGUGUCAAAGCCAUUGCUAUUGCUCUGGUGUCCAACGCAACCGUCACCCAUCUAGAGUUGGAAGACAACUGCAUUCUGGCAGAAGGAGCCAUAUGCAUAGCAGAGAUGCUACGAGAGAAUUCCUCCCUUCAAGAACUGAACAUCUCCAAUAACCACCUAGACACAGCAGGAGCUGAAGCCAUUGCCAGUUUGCUUUUGGAUAACAUGUCCUGCCUCCAUACUCUUCAGCUCUCAGGAAACAACUUUGGAGAGCAGACUGCACCAUACUUUGCUGAGGCAUUAAUGGGCAAUUACCAAGUGAAGGAGCUGGAUCUCAGCCACAAUGAGUUCUAUGAGAAGGGAGGACAGCUCCUGGGACAGAUGCUCGCCAGCAACUCAACACUGGAGAUUCUGGACCUGAGCUGGAACCACCUGAGGAGGCAGGGGACAGUAGCACUGGGCACAGGUCUCAGGAGCAAUAGUGCACUGAAAAUACUCAACCUUUCUUGGAAUGGCGUUGGCAACGAGGGAGCGCUGGCCCUAGGAGAAGCUCUCAAAGUCAAUAACGUGCUGGUUCACCUGGACAUCAGCAACAACCAGAUCAACAACAAGGGAGCCAAGAAGCUCUGCAGGGGCCUUGAAGUCAAUGGAAAACUCAAAAUCUUGAAGAUGGCCAAUAAUCCCCUUACCACAGAAGGUGCCACUGCGCUAGUCACAUCUGUCAGAAAGAACCCCAAAUCCGUGAUGGAGGAGAUCAACAUCUCGAAUGUGUUGGUGAACGAAACUUUCAUCAAGUUGCUGGAUUUGGUGUGUCAAACGCAUCCUGAACUAGAUGUCAUCUAUGGUGAGGUCGAAGGCUGUAUUGCCAAGAUCCCCAAGCAGCAUCCAAAUCCCAUGAAAGUGAUUCAGAACUACUUGAAAGAGCACAACCUACAACUCUGGGACUUUUUUAGGAAUAUUGACAAGGAUGGAAACAUGAAGAUCCCUGUGGCAGCCUUCCAGAGAGCCAUGAUGCAGCAAUCAAGCAUCCCACUGGAUCGAGUCCAAAUUGGGGAACUAGUGCGCAAGUUAGACCGGAAUCGGACAGGGGUCGUGGACUAUAGUCACUUAGAGGAGCAGAAGCUGGCACAGAAGCCUGUGGAAGGGGAAAUCGAGGAAGAAAAGAAGGAAGAGACAUCAAAAUGA